AUGACAUCCCCCUCCUCAUCCGCAUCGGCUCUUGCGCCCCUCGUACCGUCAUAUCUGUAUGAUCUCUCGCCUACCAUCCAUAAAUGGUGUGCGUUGCGCUGCGCGGAUAUCGUUUCUUUGACUACGAGGGGGGUUUAUUUUGAAGAUAAACUAAUCCACCACCACCUCAACCAUCCCAUCCGCUACAUAAAACUCAUCGGGCUCAUCGUCUCCAUCGAUACCUUUGCGCGUCGGCGCGUCUAUACCAUCGAUGAUUCAAGCGGUGUGUGUAUAGAAUGCGUUGCACUCUUACCGCUCUCUCCCUCGGAAGCUCCUCCAAAUUCAAAUUCCCAUCCUCCUCCCCCUUUCAACAGCCCCUCCAUCAUCACGCCCCAAAUCCCCUGGAACGACAUCUCCGAAUGCAAAGUUGUGCGCAUCCUCGGGAUUGUGGGAUCGUACAUGCACGUUCCGCAAUUGCAGAUUGUGAAGAUGGGGAUGGUGGGCAGUACGGAUGUGGAGCGCAAGUGGUGGGAUGAGUGUCGCGAACUCAAGGAUCCGGAGAGGGGCAUUUUGGGACGGGAGUGGGUGGUCGCGAGCGAGGAGGUGGAGAGGUGGAAGAGGAAGGAGAGGAGGCGGAAGGCGAGGGAGGAGGAGAAGAGAGGUGGAGGGAGAGAUGGACGGGUGGUGAAGAUGAAGGCUGGGAGUGGAAGUGGAAGAAGAGAGGAUACCCAAAGAGCUGAAGAAAAGCGAGAGCUGGCGAGGAAAAAGACGACAAAUUCCCAACCACGUUCUUCAACCAAAAUCUCUCGUUCCACAUCCAACCCCAAACUCAACUCCCACCCCUCCCGUCCUCCCCACGAAACCUCCCCCAACAAACCUCUCCCCCGCCCGCCCAUCAAAAAACGAUUCGUCCCCACGAUCCUCCCCGACCUAUCCAACUACGAUACUUUUGGCUACUAA